AUGGAGGAAGGCGUUCAUAUGCAAGGAAGGUGCGAUGAGCGAGGGAGGAUAGCAGUGUAUAUAUCACCCAUAGCGUCGACCAUCAGUCCUCAUAGAUGCUAUCCCGAAUCUCAAUCUCGCUGUCGUGUAGCAAAGACGGGUAGCACCCGCCCUGCCAGGAAUACAAGUGUGAUGCUCUGCUCUGACCGCUCAAAGGAGGAGGAUGGGAUGACCCGAAGAACCGCCGCGAAGUGUGCUUGUUUCCCGAAUGAUUCGCCCAGGAGCAGCUUGCAGGUUGAGAUGGCGCGCGAGGAAGAUAUCAUGACCACGGUAGAACUCGGCAUCUAA